UGAUUGAGCUGGGGGGACGCUGGUGUGCAGGAUUUCGGAUGGACAGCUCUGCAUCACCGCUAUGAUCGGCAAGAUGACCCCUGUGGCCCACCUGGCCCUGAAUCAGUUCCAUGUGACGGACAGAAUGACCCGUCAGCAGUUCUACUACAUCCACCUGCUGGAGCCACAGCCGCACUGCAAGAGGACGUCACGUCCACCUGGUGCGGUCUGUAGUGAACCCACAUCACCGCUGGAGUUUAUCGUACGACAAGGGAAACUGGACCUCGUCAUGCAUCCUGUGGUUCUGAAGCUCAUCACUGUCAAAUGGGAUCUCUCACGGCAGGAUGGGUGCGUGGAUCCUCCUGGUGCUGAACUUCUUCUUCAUCCUGGCCUGGACCACAGUGGCCAUCUCAGUGUCCGUGGUCAGGGACAAGGGCCGACCAUACGUGUUCCCAGAGGACUGGUGGCGUGUGUUGGUGGUGGUGAUAGCGCUGUUGCUAACGGCACAGGAGGUCUUCCGGGAGGUGCGGGAGGUGCAGGUGUCACGGCGGAAGCUUCGUCGAUGGCAAAGCUGGAGCAUCAGACGCAUCAAUGAGGACCUGGCCUGCACACACCCCAUGUGGCCUGAGGAGCGGCAUUACCUGGAGGAGCAGAUCAGGUUCAUCCGGAACAUGAAGGGCAGCUACGCUCAGGACCUCUGGAACAUCUUUGAUUGGCUGGUGUAUGUUCUGCUGAUCGCCGUGCUGGGGAUCCACCUGGCGGACAUCUUCCUGGUGUCGGGCUCUCUGCGCAUCUACAGCCUCCGACUCUUCGCUGUGGUGGUCAUCUUCCUCUGGCUGCGCCUCAUGAAGCACGUCCGAGCCUUCAGGGUGAUGGGCCCCUUCAUCGUGAUGCUGGGGAAGAUCGUGGGCGACGUCCUGAGAUUCCUCUUCCUGUACGCAGAGAUCUACAUCCCCUACGCCUGCGCAUUCUGGAUCAUAUUCGGAGGCACGGACGCAGUACCCAGCAUGAAGACGGUUCCUAAGCUGCUGUACAGCCUGUACCGCAUCACGCUGGUGGACGAGUACGAGUUCGACGCCAUGGUGGCCGUGGACUCCAUCAUGGCCCACCUGCUGUGUGGCACGUUCCUGGCGCUCUCUGCUGUCUUAUGCGUCAACCUGAUGAUUGCCCUCCUCUCCGACACGUUCCAAAGGGUGUAUGAUAAUGCGUUAGCCAACGCCGUAAUGCAACAAGCAGCCAUAAUUCUGCAGGUGGAGGAGUCCAUGCCACGGCUUCGCCGUUUCUAUGACAACCACUACAUCCACGAACACUGCGCACCUUUAGGGGAGUACUACGAUGAUGAUGUCACCACCGACCGCUACCAGUACGCCGAGAUGAAAAAGAUUACCUCACAAAUAAAAGAUACUCUAGAUGAGUUUCUGGAGAUCCAGAAAGAUGCGGAUUCCUGCGGACCUGAGCGACCUGAUGAGGAUGAUGAUGAUGACAUGGGCUCAGGGUUGAGGCGGCCAUCGUGGGCAGCCAGGGAGGGCAGCCUACGCAACCUGCGUCUGACCCAGCGACAGCAGAGCAUCGAGAUGAGCGCACUCCGAGCAGACGUCAAGGAGAUGCAGUCCCUCCUCCUCCAGCUAGUCCAGUCUCAUACUGCCCCUAAACCCUCAGGUGGGGACAUUGGAAUAAAGCCGCUGUUUGGUCACAGCGAGGACACAGAGGUGGAAGUGCCGGUACUGCCAGAGUGCAGAUUACCAGAACAUCAGACAGAAGGGCAACAGGAAGUGACGCCAGAGAGCUCGCGGAGAGAAGCCAAGAGUAGUCCUUGAGCCGUGUACAAGGAGCAGGCCUUCUAAAAACCUUAUACACACGUACACGCACACACACACACUGGAGCUCAAAUACACAAAACAAUGACUGCACGCAAAAAGCUGUGUAAAUUAUGCUGUGUUUUGUUAUAUGCAAUGUUUUAUCAGUGUUACACUGUGAGAAAGGCUACACUGUUUACUUAAUAAAAGAUGAAGAGUA